CCAGCUCCUCAAUGAGAUCAGGGCAAACUAUGAAACGCUCCUCACCAGAAAUCAGAUAGACAUCGUCCUCUCAACAAGCACCCAGGUAAUGAUUUCAUACAGACAGACACCUUCCAGAAUAAGGAGACAGUCCAUGUCUACCCAAUUCCUGCCUCAGCCUCUAUGAGCUAGAAGAAGCUACAAAUGAAAGAAUGGACAAAGAUGAGGAAGAUUUAAAGGCAGCCAGAGCAGAGCUCAGUGAAGCCAGGCGUCAGUGGCAUCAUAUGCAAAUUGAAAUUGAAUCUCUCCAAGCUGUGGAAAAGGGUUUGGAAAAUUCAUUGCUUGCCACAGAGCAUCAUUACCAUAUGCAACUACAGAGUUUAGAAGCUGAAAUUGAAGGCUUAGAGAAAGAGCUACAGGAAGUGAGAAAAGGUAUUGAGAAACAGCUUCAAGAGCAUGAAAUUCUACUGAAUACAAGGAUGAGGCUGGAGCAGGAGAUAGCAACAUAUCGCAGGCUGCUAGAAAGAGAGGAGAACAGGUUUCGUUGUCCUACGCACCAUAGAAAAGAUGACAGAAAACCUACCACCAGCAAGAUAGCUUUUAUCUUACCAUCAACUGGGGCCAUAAAGAAGCAUGAGACUGAAACAGUAGAACUAAUGACAAAACAAGCAAUCCUUAAUGGAAACAUGGUGAAGGAAAGGGCUGAAGCUCAUGGCACGAUACAGACAGAAAAAGUGGAUGAAGUUAUUAAAGAAUGGGAAGGUUCUUUCUUUAAGGACAACCCUCGCUUAAGGAAAAAAUCUGUUUCUUUGCGCUUUGAUCUCCACCUAGCAGCAACAGAUGAAGGCUGUUUACAGACUAAACAGAAUAAUCUACCUGAUAUUGAAGUCAGGCUGGUAAUGAGGCGGUCUUCUAGUAUUCCAUCCAUCAAACCUUAACCCACAGCAAAUUAAUCCAAAGAUCAUUUACAAUGGGCUUUGGAAAUAAAUACAUUAGGAUGAACAUAAAUAGGCCAUAUGGCCUCCUUCCAUCUUGUCCCAAUUAGGAAAUGUUACUAUGUAUUUUAAUGAACAUUUGAAAAAUGUAUGAUUCUUUUUUAAUGAAAGGGAGAAAGGGAGGGGUGUAAGAUUUCAAGAAACGUAAUUCCUAUUAGUUUUUUUACUUUUUGUGAUGUCUUUUAAUUUUCUCAUUAUUUCUUUACAAAAGUCUUACUUUGCUGUGUAGAGUAUCACUAAAUAUUUAAGAAUUAAAUUAUACCUUUAAACCUUUACAAAUUGUACUUUUAUAAAAGAGAAUCUGGCUUCUCUUAUCAAUUAAUGAAAACUAUACAUUUCAUUUUCUUAGUUUCACAAAACCAUAGUGAUUUAUAAUGCAUAAGUCUUGCAGUCAUUUUUACCAUAAAAGUUAUCAUACAAAUGGUAUACAUCAAAAACCAUUUUUACUGGCAUAAGUUAAAUGCAUAAAAUCUCUCAUAACAUCUAAACUAUUAAUAAAUAACAAAUAAUUUUCCUUUGAUAGGUAAAUAAUAUUUUUUACAUAUUUGAAAGUAACCACUCAAAAAUAGGCUACUUUCUCCCACGCAAUUAUGCACGCUAACAAAUAAUAUUGAGCAUACCAUGCAACAGGUUUUUAGCAGAAUUCCUCAUUUCAAACCAUUUACAUUAGAACUAGGGGUAUGAUAUGGGUCACUGAGUUUUCUCACCUGUACAUUACACAAGAACUGCCUUUUCAGUUCUACUGAGAUACACAGGGUAAAACCCUGAUGUUAUAAUUACCAACAAAAAAUUGUAAUUGACUUCAGUGGGACAAGCAUUUUCUCUCACAUGUACAGAGUACUAAGCUAUUCUGAUAAGGCUUCCAUGGACAGAAUUUCUGGCUUCCAUAACCAAGACUUUGGUAGAAGUUCCUCACAUAGAAGGCCAGCAGCAUUAGCCUUACAGUAGGGCCAGAAUUCAAAGUUUCUCAAUAUUCUUUCCAGGAGGUCCAGACUUUGCUGUCAGGCUUAUUUCUGUUUUUUAAAUCACUAAUUGCCUAAUAUAAAACAGUCCUGCAAUAAAGAAAGUGGGAGUCUGACUCUGUGGUUACAGCACUCUCUUGGCAGCAGAACCUGGAACCCAAGGGCGUUAGUACACUCCACAUUUAUUGGCUUUUGCACUGCAACAGAUUCACAAAAGUUCAGGGCUGGAAAGGAUCUCAUGAGAUCGCUGGAUCCAGCCUCCCUGCUGUGGGCAGGAAAGACUGUUGGGGUCAAAUAACCCCAGCAAGGUAUGCAUCCAGUCUCCUUUUAAAAAUAUCCAGGGUAGGUGCCUGCACCACCCCCACUGGAAGUCUAUUCCAGAGUCUGGUCACACAAACCAUAAAGAAGUUUUUCCUUAUAUCCAGGCUGAAACCACCUUCUAGGAGUUUAUGACCAUAUAAACGGCGUGACUAUUUGCACAAACAGGAUUUCUGGACACUUUAAAAGUCUUUCUGAUGCAUUAAACUAAAACUCCUCAGAUGUAGUUUAGUUUGGCUUGCCGGGAAUUAAAGCGUCGUGUCCACGGAUUCAUUGCAUGCAGACACAAAGGCACUCAAAGAUGUGUAAUGAGCCUCUUUGUCCACCAGGUGGCACUGCAACUUUUUUUGCAGUUCACCCCUUCGAAUUGCUGCCUUUUGGGGUUUUUUUUCUUGUCCUGUGUGCCGGCUCUCUGCUUCCACAGCUGCAUGGGAGGGCACAGGGUGGGGGGCCCCAGGCCAGGAGGGCAGUGCAGGACCAUCAUGCUCUGCUGCAGCACCAGCCAGGGACCGGGCUUAAUUCAUUCGAAAACCUAGUGCAUGCAAACACUGAUGUGACAUGCCAAAAUAAACAAGGUUAAAUUUUAUAAACCUAUUUAAUGAGAAUUAAACCCUGUGACAUGUACAGGCGCCCCAAGACUCCUGCCUCCCACUGUAGAGUCAUAACCCUUAGGUGACAGAGGCAGGCUCCCUUUUGUUUGCUUUCCUUCUGGCCACAUGAUUCUUGUGCUUUUGGUUGCACGGUGGCUCAGCUUCAACAAGAGGUUUGUCAACAAGAGGCUCUCACGUAGCCACCCCUAUAGCCUGGUGGCUGGCAUGCUCCUUGCAAGUGGUAGAAAUAGUUUCAAAUCCCUUCAAGAUAAGGUGGAACUAGAAGCCAGGCACUCCUAUUGGGCAAAUGCUUUAACCACUAGACUCUUGGUCAAAAGGCAGGUAUCAGCAGCACCAGUUUUAAGGUGAUUUCAAUCCUACUGUUAUGAGUUUGAGUUUCCCCCUACUGGCUGUUUCCCAAAGGGCUCAGGUGAGGUUUAGGUGUCUCCCAGGAAGACUCUAAAUCAUAACAGAGGAUAGGCAAGAAUUAGGUGCUAUGGCAUGCCCAGUGCUCCAACCUGAAUUGCUUCUGACCAUGCUCAGAAGUUCAAGGGAAGCUUUCUAGGAAACUUCUGCAGUCCAAAAUGGAGGUGCCUAAUGAAUUUCAACACCCAAUGAAUUUUGUGGCUGCUGGAGCACAACCAUUUUGAAUCAUUCUUUGGAACACUGGUACCAAAAUGCUGCUUCAAUUCUAUUUAAGCACCUGAGGAAGCAUUUUAAAUUCUUCUCUUGAUAGCAUCAGAAAGAACCAUAGGCCUUCAGAAAUAUAGGAAUGAUGUUAAGAAUUAAAAAAAUCAUAAAAAAUGAUUCUCCUAUCUGUCCACCUGCAUCUGUAUUGCGAUCAUCUGAGGAACACUAAGGAAACUAUGUCCUUGGAUUAUUUAAAAUCAUAGUCAUCCUACAGUGUUUAAAUACUUGUUUUGAUGUUUCCACAUAUUACAAUGGUGAAAAAUUAAAUUAAUAAAGUUAUCUUUUAAAAUAUCUUUUAAAAAUAGCAUAUGCUGUUGGCCUACAUUAUGUAGUACAUCAUUAAUUUAUCAGGGUAUAUUUACUGUAUAUACAAAAAUGGACCAAGUAAGGGCUACAAAUUUAAAUAAAAACUUUACUAGACCUAUUAUGUUUUUCUCUAUUGCUAAUUCAGAGUAGUGUGGGCAAACCUCAGCUACAGUAAACAAAACCUUACAUCUUUUUUCUCCACAGGAAAACAGAAAUACAAACUUAUAAACUCAUUUUUAUUAACAGAUUAUGAAACUAGGUUUGAACAACAUCCUAUAUAGAUAGGUAGGAAUGGCAGAUUAAUUACAAAGAAUUCUAGAAGGGCUGACCUCACAAACUCUAAUUUGAAUCAAUGGGAGUUGCAGGAACUCAGUAUCUCAGAAAACCAGAUCAUGUUUUCUGUAGGUCCACAAUAGCAUGUGUAAGUUUUAUUCAGGUGUCAGCACUUGCCCUAUUGCUUAUGGCAUGUUUAACAGAUACUGACACUGCAGGUUUCAUCCAUCAUUUAUUUAACUGCUUCUAACUUUUACUAAUGUAAGAACAGUGCAUUUAUACUGAAUGCAGUUAUACUAUUUAUGCAUUGUUCUAUAUCUCCUGUACUAAGCUGGCUAAUUAACAUUAACCCUAAUUGUCAAAUAGUGAGCUGGUGUAUACUUGAGUAUUUGGCAUCCUGAAUGUAAUAGCCUGUCCUAGUAAUUCCACUAUGCAGCUUUUUGUGCUUAUAUUAUGUACCUUUUACAAUACUUGAAUUUAAACUUAAGUUUUAACUGCUUUGAGGCACUUUAAACAGGGAUAUGA